AAAAUACAAUCGAUAGUAUCGAUACGCGAUCAUACAGCACUUUCACUUUCACUGUUCAGUGUGUUUCUAUUUUCUAAUCAGUCGACUACUCGUUCCAUUUGCAAUAAAGCGAAAGCUCUAAAAUGUGUGCCGAUAGUAAUGGUUUUCUGCCAUUCUCAGUAAAAGACGAUAGUAGUUCACAGUCUGAGAUCAGUUUAAAUCCUGUUGGUUCCCUGCAGGAAUUAUGUAUGGCCCGCCGUUGUCCAUUUCCCAAUUACACUUUUCCUGUUGACAAAUUAAAGAAACACAAAGCAGAGUUUAGAGUUGUGUGUUCCAUAUCAAUUUACAAAUGCUCAGGCACAGGUAUAUCUAAGCAAGUAGCUAAAAAUCAAGCGGCUUACCUAAUGUAUAAGCAAAUAGAAAAAUUAACAUCAGAAGAUUUUAAACAAAUUUGGAAAAAUGAAUAUGAAUAUAAAGAUGAAAUUCAUAACGAUCCAAGCUUAAUACAGCACCAUGAGCUUCCGCACAGCAUUAAAUUUACUAAAUUAGCUUUAUCUCAUGAAUCAGUGACUCAUUUGAAAUCUUUUUUUGAUUCAGGUGCACCUAAAAUAACACAUUUACAAAAAAUAAAGAAAAACUCAACAGCUUCUGAUACUUUGAAUACAAUUUUAAAAAUAGAAGAUAUUACUUUAAAAUGUUUGACAGUCUCUUUCAAUUCUGGUAAAGUGGAAGUUAUGAUGCAGGUUAAUACAAUUCCAGUAAUUGUGAUUUCAGGAUCUGGAAAAAGUGUAUCUGAUGCUCAAGAAUCUGCUGCUCGUGUUAUUUUGUCAUACUUCAAAUCUAAACUUAAUAUUCAGUAAUUUAACGUUAAAAUAUGACUAUGUAUCUAUUUUGUAGUUGUUAGUAUCUAUAUUUUAUAUUAUACUUUAUGAACA